ACCAGCAACAUGGCCGCUGCCUAAGAGAAGACCCGGGCCACCGCCGCCUCUGCAGACCGCGGGUACCUGGGCCGUUGCCGCCGCCCGCACGCGGCCCCCGCGGAGAGCAUCCUCUCGUGGGCGCUGGGCUUGAAGUCUGCUUGAAAGUCAAAUACCAGAGACCGAGCCCCCUGGAAAGUCUUGGGACUGCUUGCUCUUCCUGCUGGACGCCAGACUCUCCUUACUGGUUCCCCGUGGCCCCCGGUUAGUGCUCGAGUGCUUGCUUCACGGCUGUGGGCCGGCCGGCCUCCAUCCCCUGCCUGACAGUGACCUCUUUUCUAUUGAGUCUGAGGAUCGUGCGGCUGGCUCCCCCCUAGUAUGGCCAAUGAAGAGGAUGACCCAGUCGUACAGGAGAUCGAUGUGUACUUGGCCAAAAGUCUGGCAGAGAAGCUCUAUCUGUUUCAGUACCCUGUGCGUCCAGCCUCGAUGACCUACGAUGACAUUCCACACCUUUCAGCCAAGAUCAAGCCCAAGCAGCAGAAGGUAGAGCUUGAGAUGGCCAUCGACACCCUGAACCCCAACUAUUGCCGCAGCAAAGGGGAGCAGAUUGCACUCAAUGUGGACGGCGCCUGUGCAGAUGAGAGCAGCACUUACUCCUCGAAGCUGAUGGACAAGCAGACGUUCUGCUCCUCCCAGAGCACCAGUAACACAGCCCGAUAUGCUGCCGCACUCUACAGGCAAGGUGAGCUGCACCUGACGCCUCUCCAUGGCAUCCUGCAGCUGCGGCCAAGCUUCUCCUACCUGGAUAAGGCAGACGCAAAGCACCGGGAGAGGGAGGCGGCCAAUGAGGCAGGAGACUCUUCGCAGGAUGAGGCGGAAGAAGACGUGAAGCAGAUCACGGUGCGGUUCUCCCGUCCGGAGUCGGAGCAGGCCCGCCAGCGCCGUGUGCAGUCCUAUGAGUUCCUGCAGAAGAAGCACGCCGAGGAGCCGUGGGUGCAUCUGCACUACUAUGGUUUGAGGGACAGCCGCUCUGAGCACGAGCGCCAGUACCUGCUAUGCCAGGGUUCCAGCGGGGUCGAGAACACAGAGCUCGUCAAGUCACCCAGCGAAUACCUCAUGAUGCUGAUGCCCCCCAGCCCGGAGGAGGAGAAAGGCAAACCCGUGGCCCCCAGCAACGUCCUGUCCAUGGCCCAGCUGCGCACCUUGCCCUUGGCUGAUCAGAUCAAGAUCCUGAUGAAGAAUGUGAAGGUCAUGCCUUUUGCCAACUUGAUGAGCCUUCUCGGCCCCUCCAUCGACUCCGUGGCUGUUCUGCGUGGCAUCCAGAAGGUGGCCAUGUUAGUCCAAGGAAACUGGGUUGUGAAGAGUGACAUCCUGUACCCCAAGGACUCCUCCAGCCCUCACAGUGGUGUGCCUGCUGAGGUGCUCUGCCGCGGUCGCGACUUUGUUAUGUGGAAGUUCACGCAGAGCCGGUGGGUGGUGAGGAAGGAGGUGGCAGCAGUGACUAAACUCUGCACGGAAGACGUGAAGGACUUCCUGGAGCACAUGGCCGUGGUGAGGAUCAACAAAGGCUGGGAGUUCAUACUGCCUUACGAUGGGGAGUUCAUCAAGAAACAUCCCGAUGUGGUCCAGCGGCAGCACAUGCUGUGGACGGGCAUCCAGGCCAAAUUAGAAAAAGUAUAUAAUCUUGUGAAGGAAAGCUUGCCAAAGAAGUCAGAUGGACAAUCAGGGCCUGCUGCGCUGCUCUCCGGGGACCAGCGGGUCCAAGUGGCCAAAAGCAAGGCCCAGCAGAACCACGCCCUGCUGGAGCGGGAGCUGCAGCGGAGGAAGGAGCAGCUACGGGCGUCCGCGGUCCUGCCCGGCGUGCGGAUCAAGGAGGAGCCCGUGAGUGAGGAGGGCGAGGACGAGGAAGAUCGAGAGGCGGAGGAAGAGGAGGAGCCCAUGGACACCUCUCUUGGUGGCGGCCUCCACAACAGGCUGGCCAACGGGCUGCCUAGCGGGCGGGCGGCCGGCGGGGACAGCUUCAACGGGCACCCGCCGGGCUGCGCCAGCGCCCCGGUGGCCCAGGAACUGAGGGCUUUCGUGGAGGCCACCUUCCAGAGACAGUUCGUGCUCACGCUGAGUGAACUCAAGCGCCUCUUCAACCUGCAUUUGGCCAGCCUGCCGCCUGGCCACACGCUGUUCAGCGGCAUCUCGGACCGUAUGCUGCAGGACACGGUGCUGGCCGCCGGCUGCAAGCAGAUUCUGGUGCCUUUUCCUCCCCAGACUGCUGCGUCCCCUGAUGAGCAGAAGGUGUUCGCCCUCUGGGAGUCUGGAGACAUGAGCGACCAGCACCGACAGGUUUUGCUUGAAAUCUUUUCCAAAAAUUACCGGGUCCGCCGGAACAUGAUCCAGUCUCGGCUGACUCAGGAGUGCGGAGAGGACCUGAGCAAGCAGGAGGUGGAUAAAGUGCUAAAGGACUGCUGUGUAAGCUAUGGUGGCAUGUGGUACCUUAAAGGGACAGUACAGUCUUGACAAUAGUCCCAAACCACUAACCCAGUGAAUCCAAGCCCAAGGAAGGCCGGCAGAGCCAGCAGCGGUCUACGGCUUCGGAAGACACGGAGCAAGAGGACCUGACCGUGUCACGGCCGGGGCCUUGUGCUGUCUGGCGGACAGCGGGGGUCAUCCUCAGCCGGGGGCAGGGGCAGCUGAACUUAGAUUGCUCCUAGGAGAGAGGGCAGCCGGGACCUUCAUUACAGUAUAAUUUGAAAUUCCUGAUGUAUUUUGGUUAUUAUUUGGUUUCAUUCUCAUAAUAAAGAGAGUGUAUACUGACCACAGGCAGGCUGAUGAAAAUCAUGGUUUACUAUUUUACUUUUCAAACUUCAUGCCAACAAGGUCUAAGUUAUGUUUGUUUACAGGAUGAAGAAAACCUCAAGGUUUUAAGUAAUUAAAAUGCCUAGAAGCCAAUAUUUAGUCUUCAAUUACCUAUCUGCUAAGACUUCUGCCAAUUUCAUUAAACCAAAUCGAAUUGUUGCACUGCUGGGUGUCUGUGGCCAACUUACCUUUUAAGACAACUUUAUGUAGCAGUCGGUCUCACUGCUCACAUGAACCCUAGCAAAAAAUCAGAAUCCAGUCCAUCUAUUAAUGUUUGCGUAAGGAAGCAAACCAAACCAGGUAAGUAUGGAACAAUGUAUAAGUGAGGUUAUCACCCUUUGAUGUAAAAAAUUUGUAUUUUGUGUAUUUUUAAAAUAAAUACUAAUACUAACCUGGCA